GAGUGGAUCUUCGCACGUUAAGAACGUAGAGAGAGAGAGAGAGAGAGAGAACCGCCAGCUCCUGCAUAUGCUUUCACUGCGCACCAGAAAAUACCCCUUCCCAACAACAACCACGGAUCUUCUCUCCCUCUUUCCCUCUCUCUAUAGUGUGUAUAUAUAUAUAUAUAUAUAUAUAUAUAUCAAACCACAGCGAUCUAUCUCUAAGCUUCUCGCUUUCUGCAGCUUUCAUGGCUUUGCUCCGGUUAUGAAUGAGAAAAACCGCGUCUUUCGAGCUGCUUUUUGUUGAAAAUGGUGGAGAUUCUUUGAUUUUGUUUCUUUUUGCCCAAAUUAUUGGUUCCGGUUUAUAGAUUCGUCAUCUGAAGAGUGCAUUUCUGUUUUUCUGGAAAAGGAGGUGUUUUUUAGCCGUUAAUGCAGAGUGACGCGGCUUGAUUUGAAGGUUUUUGGUGAAGGAAUAGUGUUAUCUAGCUCUAUUUCUUGCUUGGACAGAUCACAGAUGGCUCGUCUAGAUCCUUGAUGUGCCGUCUCGGACUCUAGUUCUCGGUGCUUCAGUUCCACGUGGCGGAGAAUUCGAAAUGUAGCUGGAUUGUGCAAGCUUGAAGAUAAAUCUUCCUUUUUUCUGUAAUUAAUUUAAUUUGAACAUUCAGGUUAUAUUGGGCGCUUUUGGAACCUGCAUUUGGGUCGAGAGCUUUAAGAGGUUUAGAUUUGAUGAUUUCGUCAGGCAUUUGUUUUAAUCCAUGAAGAAUUUUUACUGGUUUAAGCAAAUUGCGAACAAUAAUAGUAAAUCAGGGAGGAGCCUGUCGCUCGGAGAGUUCAAACGAGCUGUGUCUUGGUCCAAGUAUUUGGUCUCUUCAGGUGCAGCGAUAAAAGGGGAGGGAGAGGAGCAAUGGAGUGCCGAUAUGUCGCAGCUGUAUAUUGGGAAUAAAUUUGCGUCGGGACGGCACAGUAGGAUUUACCGAGGGCUAUAUAAGCAAAGGGAUGUGGCGAUCAAGCUCAUAAGCCAGCCAGAAGAAGACGAAAGCUUGGCGAGCUGGCUUGAGAAGCAGUUCACUUCGGAGGUUGCUUUGCUCUUUCGAUUGCAGCAUCCUAAUAUAAUCGCUUUUGUUGGAGCUUGUAAGAAGCCACCUGUGUUUUGUAUCAUCACUGAGUAUUUGGCUGGGGGCUCACUGAGAAAAUACCUCCAUCAGCAGGAUCCAUAUUCAAUUCCACUUAACCUUGUUCUGAAGUUGGCCCUUGAUAUUGGCCGUGGGAUGCAGUAUCUUCAUUCUAAAGGGAUAAUUCAUAGGGAUCUUAAAUCAGAAAAUCUACUGCUUGGGGAAGAUAUGUGUGUGAAGGUAGCAGAUUUUGGUAUCUCAUGCUUGGAAUCUCAAUGUGGAAGUGCAAAGGGAUUCACGGGUACUUAUCGUUGGAUGGCACCUGAAAUGAUCAAAGAAAAGCGCCAUACUAAGAAAGUUGAUGUUUACAGUUUCGGCAUUGUCCUUUGGGAACUUUUAACCGCAUUGAUUCCAUUUAACAAUAUGACUCCUGAACAGGCUGCAUUUGCAGUCUCCCAGAAGAAUGAGAGACCGCCUUUGCCAUCUGAUUGUCCUGCAGGAUUUAAUCAUCUCAUCAACCGAUGCUGGUCAAGAAAUCCAGAUAAACGGCCUCAUUUUGAUGAGAUUGUAUCAGUUCUGGAGGGUUUUGCAGAGUCUAUUGAACAGAAUCCUAGUUUUUUCACAUCCUACAAACCUUCAAAGAGUCCCAAUUUUUUUCAUUGCUUGCCAAAGUGUAUCACCGCCCAUAGCCUGUAAACAGGUCUGCUUCUUCAGAAGCUUGAGGAUCUACUUGAAAUGAACUAUGAUGCUUGAAAUGUACCAUAUUUUUCAUUUCAUAUCUAUGAUCGCCUGUCCAAUUAAGCUCA